AUGGCGCGGGAUGACUCGAAGAUAUCAUGCUACGUCUGCCGUCCGACCAUCGAGAAAACCUCGGCGGACCGUACCAGAGCCCAGGAGAUCGACAACUUGAUCACGGACACAUUCGACAACUCGUUCCCCAUCCCCGAAUGCAGUGCCAUCCCGGACCUGUCGGACGCGGAACCGGCCAAGAAGGAAUGCCGCUUCAAGGAGGCCGUCUGCGUCAAGGAAGGAAACGUAUCGGUGCAUGAUGGAAACCUUUCACUGAAAGACUUCGCCAUCGCCAAGAAGUAUUUUCACGAAAUGCAUAUGAACAUCAUCCUAUUAGACCGAUUCGGGAAUUUCUUCUCAGCUGGUUCGCUCAUGGCGGUGAAGCUAGGGCCGAGAAGUGACUGGACAGCAAGAUACUGUCAAGAGAACUUCAAGGACGAUGAUGACGAUUGCAACACAAAUAAUGGACUGACCAAGUGCGUCUGCGACGGCGACUACUGCAACCCGGCCUCCCUUUCGCGGAUCAGCCCAUUCCUGCUGCCGUUCGCCUCCCUCUCCUGGAUGGUAAUCCGAUUCCUGGAUGUGUGAAAGGAAGCCUUGGGACACUUGGGAUGCACUUGUACCCAACGGCAAUUGAGACCUGUCCUAUCGGCUGACCUCGGUGGGCAGAGGCGUGGCACGGGGGAGAAACAACAAAAUGGAUGGAAUUGAUGAACAUAUCCUUUUUCCACGUUGUAACACUCAUAACUUAGGCAUAUGUCAAACGGAAUUCAUGAUUAUCUAUAAUAACUACAUUACAUUACGCCAAGGACAUGAUGGAGAUCCUCCAUGAUAUUUUUGUCCAUCUGAUGCCAGAGAGCCAACAAAUGCAAACGAUAUCUUAUGAAAUUCAUAAGCAGGGUUCACACAUUCUUAAGACGAAAUCACACAGCAUGAAUGCACUUGUAUAAAUGCAAUGUCCCUUUUUGAAGGGAAGGGGAACUUGGUUUAAAGGGCUAUCAUUCAACGUUGAGGGCCAUCAGGAAGAAAAUACGU